GCUAUUCUUAACCAGCUAAAAAAAGAAGUAUAAAAAAAGGAAAAAAGAAAAAAAGCUGAUAAAAAUGGAUGUUGAUGUAGAAGCUAUGCUUGAUGCUCCCUAUCAAGAGAAGAAUCCUGAAGAGCAACCUUCUUCACACAAAGAUUCUUAUAGGGAUGAAAGAGAACGUAGAGAUCGUCGAGAUGAUGAUUAUCGUUCUCGUCAUUCAGAAUAUCAUCGUUCUUCUCGUUCUCGUUCUCAACAUCGCUCUUCCCGUCAUCGUUCAGAUUCUAGACAUAGUAGUAGAAGAUAUCGCCGUUCUUCUAGAUCAUUAAGUAGAGAGAGACGACAUAGACGUUCUCGUUCUCGCGACUAUAGAAGAAGUGGCAGUAGAAGACGUUCUAGCAGAAGUCCUCGUAGACGAAGGAGUAGAACACCUCCUCGCCAUGAUAGCUAUGAUGAUAAAAAAAGUAGACGAAGCGGUCGAUCACCAUCACCACCUAUCCCUGAAGAAGACAGAGAUAGAAGAACUGUAUUUGUUACUCAAUUAGCUGCUCGUUUGACUUCCCGAGAAUUAGAAGACUUUUUCUCUCAGGCAGGUCGACUUCGUGAAGCAACUAUCAUCAAAGAUAGAAAUUCAGGAAAAUCAAAAGGUUGUGGAUAUGUUGAAUUUUAUGAAGAAGAAUCUGUACAGAAUGCUUUAGCAUUAUCUGGACAGAAACUUUUAGGUAUUCCAGUUAUAGUUCAACUUUCAGAAGCUGAAAAGAAUAGAUUAGCUUUACAGGCACAAAGAAACGCAUUAAGUUCAUCAGAACCCACUUAUCAAAGAUUAUAUGUAGGCUCACUUCAUUUUAGUUUAACAGAAAAUGAUGUACGUCAAAUAUUUGAACCUUUUGGGCCAUUAGACUUUGUUAACCUUCAUAGAGAUACUGAAACAGGUCGUUCAAAAGGCUUUGGCUUCAUUCAAUAUAAAAACCCUUCAGAUGCAAAACAGGCCUUGGAAAAAAUGAAUGGAUUUGAAUUAGCUGGUAGACCUUUGAAAGUAGGACUUGUUACUGAGAAACCACCUGUGUCGGGCUCAAGCAAUUUUAAUCUUGAUGAUGAAGAAACUGAAGGUGUAGUUAUGAAUUCACUUUCGAGAGCUGAAUUAAUGGCUAAAUUAGCAGCUAGAGAAUAUAGUAAUGACCAACGAUCACCUUCAAAUAUGAUGGAUAUGAAUACAGCACCUAAGCCUUACAUUCCUACAUCUUCAUCUCGUUAUGUUAUGUUAAAUAAUAUGUUUAAUCCUUCAGAAGAGACAGAACCAGAUUGGGUAAGCGAUCUUGAAACUGAUGUUAAAUUAGAAUGUGAAAAAUAUGGCCAUGUAGAAUAUAUCAAGGUCAAUGCGGAUUCAAUGGGUGAAGUAUUUUUGAAAUUUGAUAGUACUAAUUCUGCAGAAAAGGCUAUAUCAGCAUUAAAUGGAAGAUGGUUUGGUGGUAAACAAAUUACGGCAGCUUAUGUUUCUGAAGCUAUCUUUAAUGCCAAUGCUUUUUAAACUAACGGGAGAAGUAACAAAAAAAAAAUACAAACAAGGACAUAAACAAACAAACAAACACAAACACACACACACACACACAUAUAUAUUAUUUUGAGUCAAUCUUUUAUUUUUAUUUUUAUUAUAGUCGAGAGCUUAUCAGCCUUUUGCAAGAAAUUCUAUUUAGUGCGUUUCUUUUUUUAUUUUUUAUUUUUAGGGAUCUCUUUUAUUAUUAUUACUACAAAUACAUUAGGGAGCCGCAAAAUUCCAUAAUAAUAAUAAAAAGGUUUAUGAUAUUUACACAAGAAAAAAAAAA